UUCGUCGCUGAAAAGUCAUACGAAGUAAUACUGUGUGGAAACUGUGACUGUUAUCUGAAGAAUAUGGCUUCAACGAUGUUUAAGUCAUAUGUCAUACUUAUAGUGCUAUGUAUCAUCAUGACAUUGAUCCAUAAUUCGUCACAAGUUCGAGAGACAGGAAAUACAACAAAGACAGGAAAUACAACAAAGACAGGAAAUACAACAAGUGAAGAAAAAAAAAAUUCAGCGGUUAAACAGGGUCUCGUAUAUCAACUUGUGGCGAAAGUUGUAGCAGACGAUAAAGCUCGGAGAGAAAAAUUAAAGAGUAAAAAAGCGAAAGAAACAAAAGAACAUGAUGAUGCUGAAGCCGGCCUCUUUGUACGUUAAUCCACCAAAUCUUAAUGCUUUAAUCUAUAAUUUAAUGUCGUAUAUUGUAGACAGUUGUCAGAAUAAUAUAAUUUAAUAUAAUAUGUACUAAGGGUGGGAAUAUUUUAAGACUAGAUUAUUGAUAUAGUUUAGGCCAGUGAAGCAAAAUGUGCUGAGGCGACAACAAUACUUUGUAUUUUUGUCUAUAAAACGUUAUAGUACGCGCAGGCACCGUUGUCGCUGAUCAAUUCGGCGAGGACGUAGGUACGACAAUUGUACGUGUGAUACGACGAUCGUAGUAUGUACUGUGCGUUUCGAAUUUGUGUUUUAUUUAUGUUUGUUUUUACAUUUAAAUUAAAGUGUUUCCUACCUGAAAACCUGAGUCUUGAAUAUUAUU